AUGUCUGGAAAGAUGCCCAUCCCGAUUGCAUACCAACCAACCCGCUACACAGGCGACAUGGACGAUGCGCCUCUGAUCAUCCGAGAGCAAGCCGGCAUCGAGCCGGCUGACCUUGAACCGAAUGGGCCGACAGUUCACUACUUUGCCAGGAUGAAAGACACUGUGAGAGGUCACAUCAUCGCCAUGAUAUCUGAGUUCUUGGGGACCUUCAUGUUCCUCUUCUUCUCGUAUGCUGCUGCUCAGAUAGGCAACGAAAAGGUGGACUCGUUGCCGUUAUUCAAUGCACCAGCAGGGCCAAGUUUACUACAGAUAUCAUACAUCGCUGCCGUUUUCGGCCUUAGUCUCGGCGUGAACGUCUGGAUUUUCUACAGAGUGAGCGGUGGGAUGUUCAACCCGGCGGUUUCUAUCGCACUUUGGAUUGCUGGAGCCUUUGACUGGGUCCGCCUCGUGUGUGUGAUCCCCGUCCAGUUCCUAGGAGCAAUCACAGCAGCUGGAGUGGUGUCCGCCUUGUUACCUGGAAAACUGCAAGCAGAGAACUCGCUUUCAACAGGCGUAGAACCAGUUCAAGGCUUGUUCCUCGAAGUGAUUCUCACGGCAGAGCUCGUCAUGACUAUCAUCAUGCUCGCCGUCGAAAAAAGUCGCACCUCAUUUAUCGCACCUUUGGCCAUUGGCUUCGCGCUUUUCGUGGCGCAUCUUAUCGGUAUCAAUUACACUGGAACCUCCGUAAAUCCAGCUCGAACCUUGGGUCCCGCGGUCGUCAACAACAACUACGUGAGCGAGAUUUGGAUUUUCUUCGUCGGACCCAUUCUAGGAGCAGUAAUAGCAGCUGCCGUGUAUCACCUGCUGAAAGCAAUGGGGUACGAGACUGCCAACCCUGGGCAGGAUGACGACGGGCUGGGUUUCUACCGAAUCGUUCAUCAACCGACACGGCCGGCUAGGCCAAGGAGGCAGAGUUCAGACAACAUGUACAACACCUAUCUCCAGGACAUGACGUCGCCAAGGGCUAGGAUGAAGUUUUAG